ACGAGAUAGCGCGUCGUCGAACAUCGAAAGCAGAUACCGUUUCUUUAUAUUUAUUAUUAUUGUACCUAGGUAUUAGCCACAAAGCAACAGUCAAUGUUUUCUUUCGCGUUUUGUUGUAUAAAAACCCGUAUAAUUCCAUUUUAUUAAUAUUAAAAAUUAAAAAAGAAAACAACAACAACAAUAAAAUAUAAAUCGGGAGAAUAAGAAACAAGAUUCUUUUUUUUUGUGGAGUACCAUAUAAAAAAUGUUCGUGGGCUACCUUUCAUUGUGGCUAGACGUGUGAUCGGUCGGCCGUUUGUUGUUCUUCGUUUCGCUUAUCAUGUAGUAUACAUCUUUACUAGACAAAGAUUUCGCGCCGGGAUCAUAAAAGCCAAUUUGAGUGCAGUGCCAUAAUUAUCGCCCACCUUCUAGUAAUAAUUCGCAAAUACUUUAUGUGAUUCUGCUGUUGAAGAUUAAAUUUUCCAAAUACCAAACCACAAGCAGUCGGCAGCCGCUUGUUGUACGCUCUGAAGCCUUAAAUUGAACGAAUAUCCAUGGGCGGCCAAACGCCUAAUUGUGGAAACGUGAUCAUCAAUUUGUCUCCGAGAAAAACAAAUCAAAUAAAAAUCUCCAACCAUUUAGUGCGGUGAAUUUUUUUUUUAAAUAUCUGACCAGUGAAGUGAAAAAACACAUAACCAUUGCUUGGUUUUAUGAUCCAUGCCCAACAUUGUGUUCAACCCGAGCAAUUGUGGAAAUAUGGCAUAUGUGGGUGUUCGUAUAAAUACCCAAAGUGAUAUAACCUCAAUAAUCCUGGGGAAGUGUAAAAAUCGAUAAAUCCAAGAAAAGAAAGUCUCUAUGUUAGUUAAACAUUAGUUAAAACAACCAUUGAUUUCAUAGCAUAGCACCCCUACCACCCCUACAUUACACUCCCAAAGCAUACAGAAGAAGAUUUCACCGAUUUCACUGAUUAACCACAAUUAGCCAACACAACGAAGUGAGAAUGAAAAGAAGGAAAAACCGCAGUGAAGGUGUGAAAAAAGUGAAAAUAUUAUUAAUAAAAAAACGCCCAGAACAAAGACUUCCAAACUCGGCAAAUAAUAAGUAGAAAUAAAAAAAAAACUAAAGAUUUUGCAAUCCAUUUGGGGUUUCUUUUUCUCCACCCCAACCACCACUAUCAGCGAAACAAAAGACUAGCCCUGCCUUAGAAACAUGCAUAACUUUCACACGAAUUUAAUCCCGGUGGUAAUUCUGUUGCUGCUGGGAUCUGGCAUUAAUGCCCACACUCUACACCACAAUCAUCACCAGCAGCACCACCACCCUAAUCAUCAAAAUCGGAGCAAUCUUUCGAAGGAUGAUGGUAUGCUGGAAUACAGUGAUUAUCAGCGAGCCACACCCCGGCCCAUGGAGGAGUCGGCCACUCACAAUUCCUUAGCGCAACUGAUUGACGAUAACGAGCUGACAAGCAAGCAGCAGAAUGAAGAUCUGCUGCUGCCUUUAUCCUACAUGAGCUCUAGCGGCUCAACAACAAUGUCCAGGCAGCAACAAAACCAACAUCCUCAUCACCAACACAACAAGGCACAUUUGUCCCGCAAUCAUCAUCAUCAUCACCAUCCUCAUCAGACGAAUGGUCAACAUUUAAUUUUAACCUCAGCAGCGAGUCUAGCCGCGCCAACAUUGCCGUCUGCUCCUUCUGGCUCCACGUCAUCCUUUUCAAAUUUCAUUGUGGGCCAACACCACACCCAUCAUCCAGAACGAGAGCCGCCAUCGGAAAGUACCCGAUUAGUACCAACACCUUUGGCACCAUUGCCGUCAUAUUUCUUAGCGGCGACAACACAAAAGUACCACAACGAUUCCAACGAUGAUGGUGGUGGUGGUGGUGGUGGUGGCGGCCAUCAAAGACCACCACACUAUGCCGAGUCCAAGGCAACUAAGGCCACAAGUCCUGCGGAAUAUUCUAAAUUUAGCAGCAGUCAGGCUGCUGCCAUGGAGCGUGACAAUCAGCAGCAACAAAAACACCAACAACAGCAUCAGCAACGUCAUCAUCAGCCUGCUGCCUCACGACAUCACAAAUAUUGGCGGUCCUCGAAACGCUCGCAGUAUGAUGAUGACUAUGAUUUGCAAUUGCCUCCGAAAGCCGACGAUGAUUACUAUGAGGACUAUGAGGAGGAUGCUGCCGAUGAUGAUGAUGACGAUGACGAGGAUGGCUUGGAUGAUGAUAUUGACGGCUUCAUAGAUGACACUGAUAACAAUUUAAGUGAUCGUUCCUAUGCCCGAAUAACUCGUUCCAAACUUGAUGAUGAUUAUGCCGACGAUGAGCCUUAUCGCAAUGCGGUCGACGAUCAAAUGCAACGUGAUGCCCCGCCCGGUGUUCUGACAGAGCAAAAAUUUCUAGAAGUUGGCAACGAAAAGGCUGUACAACAAGCCCGUGAACGCUACAUACAGGAACAGAAAAAGGCCAGAACUCCCCAUGAACUGGCCACAGAACAUUGGCAACGCAUGAUACACGCCACCAAAUGUCGGAAGCCAAUGCCACGCGUUAUUCCCAUUUCGAACAACACAUCCAAACGUUAUGAACCCUAUGCCACCAUCUUGCACAGAUGUGGAGAGGAUACUGGCUGCUGUGGUUCUACGGCCAGUGUGUGUACGGUCAAGAAGCAGGAGAUUGUCUUGGUCUAUGUCUUUUCGUACGACUUUAAUUAUCGCAAAGAAAUCGAGGCGUUGCCAAUGCAAAAUCACACCGAAUGUCAUUGUGUCAAUCGUGCCAGUUUGCAAUACGAAUCAAUGCCACGUGGUAAGAGAUCUGGUUCUUGGCAACAUCAUCGAACACCACAAAUACAAAAACCAUCGAAGACUUUGCUUCAGUACCAAUACCAGCCACAACAGCAAUUGGUGGCUCGAUCAGAUAUGAAAUCUCAAACUCAUCAUCUAGAGACGCAGUACCCUCAUCGUCAUCAUCAUCAUCAGCACCAGCGUACGGAGAAUAUGCUCAGUUGCCAUUGUCCUCGACAUUUUAGUGCCUUGGAAGAGGAUGUUGAACGCCAUGCUCAUCUGCCGCGGCCACACACAGUGCUCACGCGCAAAUGCCGAUGUGAUUGUGUGGCCAAUAAUCAAACGUGUCUGCGUUUUAAACAGGGCGAGGAAGGAUUUUCACUGGAAGAUCGCAAGUGUAUUAGCGAGCAUGAUUGCAAACCUCCCGUGUGUGCCUUUGGUGACUACAAUGUCCAGUCAGGAAGAUGUCCCAGUUACCGAUCACAUGGUAAACCGAAAUUUUAGAAAACAAACGAAUUUCCAUAUUUUAAAUUUAGUUUUUAAGCAUCAUCAUCAACACCAUUUUCAAUCAUGUGAAAAUGUAUUUCCAGCAAAAUGUUUUGGAUGUUCCCAGCUUAUUUGAAGUUGUUGUCCGAAGUUAAAAAAAAUAGUUUCAAAAAUGUUUUCUAUCAAAAAAUAAACUUUUUUAUGCAAUUCCUACUGCUCUGCUACUGAAACAAUUAGAAAUCAGUUCCAUGCCUAUUAAGGUAACCAGCCCAUCUUUCUAAACCCCUUUUGGGGAGGUUUGUUCAGCCCACUACCCAGAGAGCGUCCUAAGUUUAUGACUACAUCUACGAACCUUUUAUUAACAAACUGUACUAAACAGAGAGACCUUGGAACUGGCUGCUCAUGAAGCUGCAUCAAAACUGUUCUGGAACAUAAGGCACAGUGCGUCUUCGAUAAGGGCUGGACCAAAAAUAAUUUACCUCCUGUACACUAGGUUCAACCAAUUUUUUAGUCGAAAAAGCAGCAAAUUCUUAUCUACAACGAAUUCUAAGAAAAUUUGCCCAAAAAACCAUGGUUCUAAAAUAAAAAUUGAGUUUACAAAUCCGAACAGAUUUUGUCGAAAUUAGACAGAGGCUUUCAAAUCGCAAUAGCACAUUCCAAAUUUCGUGCAACUCAAUAGACCUUGAUUAUAAAAAAGACAAACUAUACGUCUGAACGUAGAAGAUACUUUAGUUAUGGAUGUACUUUGUCGAUAAAAACCGGAAGGUCGAUUUUUAUUCUAGACUUUUGGUAUCUUAGGCCAAAAUUCUUAGAAAAUCUAGGGAUGGGCUUCCUUUAGAAUCCUUGGUUCGAUAAGGUCUUCAUGACGAGCUUGUUUGGAAGGGUAUAGUACACUCGACGUUCGUACAGGGUAUAGUACAAAUCGGACCAUGUUUUAGUUGUCAAAUUGACUCCAUUGGUUCAUAAAAGUGAAUCAACACACAUAUGUUAUCAGAUCAACCACAAAUGUUCACAAACAAAUAAAAGGUUUUUGUGGACGAAACGUAAACUGCCGUUCACAUUCUGACAACGACUAAUGCACAGUUUUAUGGUUUUUGUGUGCUCCUGAGAAACGAAACUGUGAUCCAUUCAUCCCAUCAUUGUGUGUUUUGUUAGAUUUUAAGAUUCCCAAAAAUUUAGCACAAUUGGAAGAUGUUAACAGGUGCUGCUGGGACCUCAAAGUUUUGCCAAGUUCGAUUUUUUUUUGGUUAUUUGCCAACUUUUUAAUACUGAAGUCGAAAUAAUGAAGCCAAAGUCCCUAAAAACAUGCAAGAUAACCCUAGUCAGUCUGUCGUUUUUUUUUUUUUUUUUUUUGUAAUGAAGGUAGAGAUCGCAUUCAUUAUCCAGUCAUCACGAAAAUUUGAUUAUUGGACGGAUAUGUAUGAAAUUUGGUAUGGAAUGUUGUAUUACCCAUCUGAAAGCCUCUACCAAUUAUUAUUAAAAUACUGCAAUUUCGUGAUGAUUUGAUAACAAAUGCGACCUGUACCUUGAUUACAAAACAAUUUGAAAAAAAUUGUUCCCUAUGGGACAGGACGGUCUUAUGUACAUACAAGGUUUUAAGAGUCAAUGAAACUUAAGGUUGGUGCCAGAGAACUGCAAGCGGAUUCUUUUUUAUUAGUGUUAUACUCAAAAAAAAAAUGGAUGUCAAUACAUAACGCAAACUGAAAUCAACUCAGCAUUAGCCCUCGGCACACUCUCAUGAGGAAUAUGAAUAAAAGUCAUGACACUCAUUUGCACGUUUGGAUGUUUGUUCGUUUGAAUGAUUCAUCGUGUAACAUCGUUUGCCUUCAUCUAUUUCGUCAAAAGCGUUGUUAUGUAUAAAAGAAUGAGAGCAAUAGAGAGACAACCAACACCUGAAAUGGCACAAAAAAAGCAUAAGCAUUCAAUCAAAUCAUAGUGAUGAUGCUGCGGUGUUGCUUUAGAAACGGUUAUGGAUGGAAAAUUGUUAUGUUAGUAGUUCUGUUGAUAGUUUGAAAAAGAUUUUUGAAAAGAUCGCAUAAAAAUUCGAUUAAAAAAAGUUAGAAAAAAAACUUUUCCUCAAAAAAAUAGUAGA